CCGACAAUCAAUCUUUCUCUUAUUCACAACCCGAAACUCUUCCAUGGAUAGUUGUCUCUCUAAACACGCGGCGCUCCCCUUACUCCCGUCCCGUUCGAGGAGACUGAGCGGCGAUAGAAGAUUAUUGGUUCUUCCUGCGAUGCGCAAGGUCCAGUAUCGAUCUUUAGUCAUGGUUGCCGCUGCGGGUAACAACCAGUGCGAGCCUGGAAGCAGCUUUAACGCGCCGCUUAAACCUCGAACGUCGCAGGGAAGGUUUCUGAGAGGUCUGUUGAUAAACAAGCGUCACCUCUUUCACUACGCCGCUGCUGAUGAGCUCAGGUUGCUGGCAGAGAACCGUGAAGCUGCUUUGGCUCGUAUGUCUCUCAGCUUUGGUUCCGAUGAAGCUUCUCUACACAGAAGAAUAGCUCAGCACAAGGAACGUUACUGCAAAACAGCAGUCCAAGAAAUAAUAUACAUGCUAAUAGUCUAUAAAUACUCUGAGAUAAGGGUCCCUCUGGCUCCAAAGCUCUCUAGAUGCAUCCACAAUGGAAGACUCGAGAUAUGGCCUAAGAAAGACCGGGAGCUGGAGUCAAUCCACAGCUGCGAUGCCCUUGAACUCAUCAAAGAACACGUAGACGCGGUCACCGGAUUACGUGUCAAUUCACGCGUGACUGAAAAAACACAGAUACAGAAGCUUCAUCUCAGGAAGGUAUACGUUGCCUCGAUCUUGUGUGGUUACUUCUUGAAAUCCGCUUCCCUCAGACACCAACUCGAGUGUUCCUUACCGGAUCUCCAUGGAAUUGGAUAUCUUAAAGGUUCUGUCACUGGAUCUUCUUUGACAAUGAGGAUUGCACAUGUGGCCACCAAGGAGCACCUGAGGCAUUACAUCACAAGGUUCGACACCGAGACAAUGCAGAGAUGUGCAAAACCAAGGACAGAGGAAGCAAGGAAUCUGAUAAAGAAGCAAUGUUUGGCUCUUUUUGGUAUGGAGGAAAGCGAUGAGAUCAUCGUGACAUCGUAUUCGAGUCUGAAGCGGUUGGUUCUGGAAGCUGUGGCGUUUGGGACGUUUUUGUGGGACACGGAGUUGUAUGUAGAUAAUACAUAUAAGCUCAAUGAGAAUGCAGAAGCGCAAGAAAAUAGAAGUAUAUGAACCAGUUCGGUUAAAAGAAAAGCUUCAUGAUCCUUUGGUUGGUGUUAUAUGCAGGGAAGAAGUUUCUGCAGAAUCUUUCAGGCGAUGCUUUUAGUGUAUACUGUAUAGACGAAUAAGAAUGUGGCGGUUAAGGAAACAAGGGCUGCAAAUGGUUGUUUAUAGAAAGAAUAUACCUCAUGAAUAUAAGAAACUUAUAUUUAUGGAAUGAAAACAUUGGAUAUUUGGAUGAUGAAUAGUAUAUGUUGAACUUAUUAAUGGAAUAAUGACUUACAUUUAUUUAAUUCCAUCAA